AUGUCCAUUCUGGGGUAUUUGGGCCUGUUUCUGGUGUUAGCUUAUGGGGUGUUUACUUUCAUAUUGUAUGGGAUUACUGCUAUUUGCAAAGGAACGUUCUUUCACAGACAGACUGAAAAGGAGAACCUAGAGCUGGUAUUGGCAAGAGAUCGAUUCUGGAACCUCUCGAAGCCAUGGGCGGGUCUCUUUCACCGAUUCCUCACCCUGAGGACAGGGUUUAAAUUUCACUACAUCACGAGCGAUGAGCCGGGAACAGCUGGACGUCAAAAAUCCGACAAGCCACUUGUUAUUUUCUUACAUGGUUUCCCCGAUAGCUGGGCCAUUUGGCGACACGUCCUCGCUUCUUCCUCGAUCCGCGAGUCAAGCACAGUAGUUGCAGUUGACCUUCCAGGAUACGGCGGAAGUGACUCGUUAAAGAAGUAUGGAGCCACUGAAGUUCUGGAGGCUUUGACAGAGUUUAUUAUCUCGCUCCGAGAAGAGUGCGGCGUGGAUAGUCCUGACAAUGAGCACCGUUCAAGAAAGGUGUUUAUCGUUGCGCACGACUGGGGUGGUCUGCUGGCUUUUCGUCUAGCUGCUGAAGCUCCACAGGUGGCCGACAGAUUCAUCAUUGUCAAUGGGCCUUUGCUACCCAUGCCUCUUGUCAGAUAUAUGGGAACCGGCGGAAACUAUUCCUUUMUGAAAGCAAUCCACCGAUUAUCUGUCGGUGUAGCCGGCAAGUUCACACUUCGAGAUGCCCAAGAGUCAAUGGCGAGUACCCUCGGCCCCGGGGUACUGGAAUGUGAAAGUAUGACAAAUGAAGGAGAAAAAUACCCCCCAUCAGUACUUGAGCGCGAUAAAUCUGGGAAUUUUGGCGCUAUAGUGUCAUAUUAUCGCCAUGGGGCGGCCGACGGAGUCUGGCACAAGUCACUGGAAACGAUCUCGUCUGUAUUCAAUAUAUGGCCGGACGGACCACGACGAACUAGUAGCGGAACGGGCAUGUUUGAUAUUAAGAAUGGCUCACUAAAAGCCAAUGCAACAGUUUUAUGGGGCCAAUCGGAUGUUGCCCUCGACUCUCAUCUUGCACUGGAAGGGAUCGCGGACUAUCUUGUCCACGGAAGUCAAGUGAUUGUGCUUCCCAGAACUGGUCACUUUCCGCAAGUCGAAGUUGAAAGUAGGGUGGCUCUCGAGAAAGUGAUCGAAUGGGCCGUUCGUGGCGAGAAGGGUGAUUUGGAAGCAUUCGUGCGUUCUAAAUAUCCCGAUGCCAAAGCCGUAGUCCGAAAAUAA